AUGUUCCGAUGUAGGGUUCAGAAAGAUAUCGUCGUCUCACUGCUGCUGCUACUACCUGUCCAUGUUGCACUUGUGGUGCUAGUCUCCUCCGUGGUCACUGAAGUAGAAGCGGCGGAAGUCGAGCUGCUCGUCGCCAAGGAUGACUCCGAAGCUCCCCCUUCUGCGUUACUUGUUGUGGAGGAUUUUAAUGACGUUUCGGUGCUAGAGGCUGAUCGUACUGCCACGGCUCGUGCUGCUCUCCGAAACGUCAGGUUUUGUCCACUUGGAGUCGCCGUCGAGGUCAACGCGCUACUUGAGGAAGUCAAGGUCGAGGUUUUGGUUGACGUAAGAGUGUUAUUACUGACUGGCGUCUCUGAAGUUUGGGAAGACGAAGGCGUGCUGGUUGAAACCGAGGUAACGACCGACGCAGGCCCAGGACUUGACAUGGAUGAAGAGAUGUCGUUUGUACUUGCCCUACCCUCAGUCGUUGACGAAGGCCGAGAUGUAGUAGGUUCGGGUGCUGAUGUGCCUUCCGUCCGGAUAGAACUGCGGCUUGCAUCCGGAGUAGACGUCGACAUGGAGGAUGUCGAUACGCUGCUGCUUGCCUCCGUUGUCAAAGUGGGCAUCGGGAUUGGAGUUGAGGUCGUGUGCUGGGAGGUCAUUGUAGGUUCAUUUGUCGUGAAGCUGCUAGUCCUCUCCGAGGAAAUAGACGCUGCUGGCGUUGAGGUCCUUUUUCCACCGUCGGUCGUGGAACUUGCUUCAUUCGUUGACCAGUUCGGAGUUGAGUCUGAGGCUGAUGACGUCGAGAUCCGGCUCGUGCUCUUGGAGGUUUCUGUCGACUCUGUGCGUGAGGUCGUGCCGCCUGACUCCGACGUAGAAGAA